AUGCUUGACAAGUUACUGAAAGUCCAUAAACUCUCACCUUUUGCACGCGGGGAACCCCCUAAGCGGGCAAACCCUGCAACACCACAAGAGCCAGAGAUUGCUUCCUCUGCCUUGAAGAUUAUCCAUGCUGGUGGAAGAAUAGAAUGCUAUUAUAUGGCAAUACCUGCAGCCAGGAUCUUGGAGAAAUAUCCCUCUCAUGCAUUAGCUAAGCCAGAGGUUUUCAGGAGGCCAUGGGAUUCAGUGGUCCGGCCAGAGAAAAUCCUGACUCCAGGACAGAAAUUCUUUCUUGUUCCUCAUCAUACAGUGAAGAAGCUUCGACGAAAGAGUAGAAAACCAAGCAAAGAAUUAUCAUCAGUUUCUUUUAUUUCACAGGCUUCAAAUGAUACCUCAGUUGACACGGUCUCGGGCCAAAAUACCGAUGUUUCCAGCAGUUCAUUCUUCUCACAGCGUGACGCUAGUGUUUCAAGAGACGGGAGUUGUUCCUUCAGAAGCGAUCUAAGGAAGAAAACUGGAGUUAAAAAGCAUGUAAGAUUUGCAUGGAUUGAUGCCAAGCACAAGGCAGCAGGUUAUGCCACUAAUUCUGAGAAGAAAGGAAAUAAGGUGGAGGACAGUUCCUUAAAAAACUCAAGUAGUGUUUCUGAAUCCCAUGGACGAAAGAGGAGACCUCGAACUUCUGUGGCAUGGCAGCCAUCACUUACAGUGAUCAGCGAAAGCUAA